CCGUGGGGCCCUGCUCCCUGGCAGCAGAAGGGCGGAGCUGCGCCGGAGGCUACGGGGAACCAAGUGAACCUGGAGGUCUCCGCCCACAGGAGAAAGGUCAGCCGAUACCCGUGAGGAGAUGGACCGCAUGACCAGAUACCCCAUCUUUAGUGACCCACACUCAGCUCAUGUCACUGGGCUGGCCCUGGAUGGGGAUGCCCGUUACAGGAUUGAGCUGGUGGGUGUGGGUCCAGAGGACAAUGGCUGGGUUUGGGACAAGCCCCAAUCUUUGCCUACAGACUGGGAGGCUGAAGUGGACAGGACAAAGACACAGGUGUUCCACAGCAAGCACGCUGUCCUCGGCCACCCAGUGAAGGACAGAGAGGAGGAGGUGAAGGUUUACCUACUGCACACCAGCCACGGCCUCCCCAGGCAGUCACAGGACCUGGAGCGUGAGCGCUGGGCAGUCAUUCAGGGGCAGGCAGUCAGGAAAGGCAGCACAGUGGCCACGCUUCGUGGAACCACUGACCACCAGGACCCCGGGCCACCCGGCCACCAUCAGUCCAGUCCCCUAGAGGAGGAAGGCAUGAUCGACAGGGAGCAGAUUGACUUCCUGGCAGCAAGGCAGCGCUUUUUGAGGCUGGAACAGGCAAGCACUAAUGAAGCCUCAUACUCCCAGAGUCCCCGGGCCAGAGGAUCGCCAGCACGUGCCCAACUGGGGUUCAUCCAGGCCUCCAAGGCCUCAAAGGAGCCUCAGCUGGCCAAUGGGUAUGUUGUUCCUGCCACAGCCCAGGACAAGGACAAGGUCGUCAUGGUAGAGAAGAGGGCUCAUGGGUUUUUUGCUGGACCCAGCAUCCAAGCCACGGACAGCUCUGGCUCCUGGUCCCCAGCCACUAACAACUCCAGCUCCCGGUCCCAAGCCGCCAAGGAUUCUUAUAGCUUCCAGUUUCAAGAUGCAGAUGGCCCCAGCUUCAAAUCCCAAACAACAGAUGUCUCCCACCUCUGGUCCCAACCCAUGGAGGACCUUACUUCCUGGUCCCCAGAGCUCCCCAAAGAGACACCCAUUGAGCGGGAGAUCCGGUUAGCCCAGGAGCGUGAGGCAGACCUGCGGGAGCAGAGGGGACUUGGGCGGGAAGCUGGCCACCAGGAGCUGGUGGAGAUCCUCACCCGACCAGUGCUGAACAAAGUUAGCCUGACCGAGGCCCCACGGAGGGACCGGGGCCGCCCUUCCCUCUACGUGCAGCGCGACAUGGUGCAGGAGACCCAGCGUGCGGAGAGCCACCGGCGGAUGGGACUGCAGGCCAGUGGGCCGUCUACACCUGACUGGGUGUCUGAGGACCCACAGCCUGCACUUGAGGAGAAACUGAGCUCAGACUCCAUCCUCAGCUCCAUGCCAGAUGCCCGGGCAGCUGACAGGGCUCCAGAGCCAAGGAAGGUGAACCGUAUUCCCCUUGAUGCCUACCAGCCAUACCUGGGCGGCGGGAUCCCCCAGCCAGAGUUCUCACAAUUCUGGGGCUACUGCAAGCCUAACGGUCCCCGCACGGCAGAGGCCAAGCCUUCGGGCUCUCCAAAGUCUGCAGGCAUUCAGAGGCUUCUGUCUGAAUCCUCUGGAAAACCUGUGAGCACAAAGUCCCCCGGGGGACACCCUGAAGCCACCGGGAUCGUGGUGACACGGGAGCACUUCCGCCUGCGACCUCUGCAGUUCAGGGUCCCGGAAGUGCAGCGUCAGGCUGAGACUCCCCAUGUCUGGGGCUGGGAGGAGGCUGGGGGCCCCUCAUUGAAGCUGAAGAGGUCCCAGUCAUCCGAUCUGCUGGAGAGGGAGGUGGAGGAUGUGCUGCGCAGGGAGCGGGAGGUGGAGGAGCAGCGGAGGAACGCUUUCUUCCCCGAAGUCUUCUCCCCAACGCCAGAAGAUGAGGACUGUGAGCGAGGCUCGAGGAGCUCCUCCAGGGCAUCUGGCAUCACAGGCAGCUACUCUGUGUCUGAGUCACCCCUGUUCACCCCCGUCCACCUGCACUCAGGCCUGGUAUGGACUGCGGAGAGCCCAAUAGACGAUGCCUCUGGACACAGGAUGAAGGGACAGUGGUAUGCAGGCAUCAACCCCUCGGACGGGAUCAACUCCGAGAUCCUGGGAGCCACCCGGGUGACCCGCCACAAGAAUGCCAUGGCCAGGCGCUGGGAGGCUGGCAUCUACAACAGCGAGGAUGAGGACUGAGCCCACAAUAGCCAGCUGGGCCCUUGCUGCCCUGCGGACACUACCAGGACACCAAGGAGCCCCUGCCUGCCGCCCACAUGGUCUCCAUGUAAAAUCCCAAUCUAAGAACCCAGGUUCAACAGCCAUGGAUCAUGACCAGUACAUUUUAUACUUUUUUUUUUUUUUUUUCCCCACUGGAAAUUGAACU